AUGAUGGAAGAAAUUGACAGAUUUCAAGUCCCGACUGUUCAAUCGGAAAUGCAGCCCUUAGAUCCAGCAUCUUCAACUACAUCUGAGGCAGACUCAGAGACCAGAGAAAAUGAGCCUGCUACACUAAAUUACAAACCCUCUCCUCUUCAAAUGAAGAUAGAGAAACAGAGAGAGCUGGCCAGGAAGGGUUCUCUGAAGAAUGGGAACGCAGGAAGUCCUGUCAAUCAGCAACCGAAGAAAAAUAACGUGAUGGCCAGGACCAGGUUGGUGGUUCCUAACAAAGGCUACUCCUCUUUAGACCAGAGCCCAGACGAGAAACCCUUAGUGGCUCUUGACACAGACAGUGAUGAUGAUAUUGAUGUAUCCAGAUACUCUUCGUCAGGAUACUCUUCAGCUGAGCAGAUCAACCAGGAUCUGAACAUCCAGCUUCUGAAAGACGGCUACCGAUUGGACGAAAUCCCUGACGACGAAGACCUGGACCUGAUACCACCCAAAUCGGUCAACCCCACCUGCAUGUGUUGUCAAGCCACCUCCUCCACCACCUGUCAAAUCCAAUAA